AUGAGUCAGUCGACUUUUGUUCGUCGUCAAAGAAAAUACAGCUGAGGCGAGCGCUAUAAAAAAUCAUAUAAACUUGCACACACAUAUGUAAUAUAUAGAUAAAUUUAUUUAAAAAAAAAAAAAAAAAAAUUGUGUUUACGCUGCUACAAAAACAAAUUCACAAGAUACGAAAUAGUUUCAUUUUUGUAUACGUUCGUUCUGGAAUUUGUGGAAUUUUUAUAUCUUGUGGCGUCUGAUCGGGCAACGGACUCGUAAACAUGCAAGAGUUAAUUACGGAUCCCAAUUUGACGGGAAGCCUGCCAGCAGAUACUCAAAAGAAAUUGCGAAGCAUUGUGGAAGACAUUAACAGCAUAUCGAAAUCGGUAUUCAAUAAUAAUGACAAUGAUAAGGACAAGGAGUGCCAAAGUCAAACAAAGUUGGAGGAAUACACGCCGUAUCCAGGCAUUUCCAGGCUAACACCUUCGCUCUACCUGUGCGGCGCAGCGGCUGUGGUACCCGCCCACCUGGACAAGCUGGGCAUUAGUUGUGUAGUGAAUGUGGCGCCCGAGCUGCCAGAUACGCCACUCUCCAGCUUAAGCAAUCCGUUGUAUCUGCGGAUCAAUGCACAGGAUCGAGCCGGCGUGAAUUUGGCAGCACAUUUUGAUGAAGUGGCCGAUCUGAUUGAGGAAGUGCGUCUCAGUGGCGGCAGUACCCUGGUACACUGCGUCGCCGGUGUGAGUCGUUCCGCCUCGCUGUGCUUGGCCUACCUAAUGAAGUAUGGGGGCAUGAGUCUCCGGGAGGCCUACACACACGUUCAAUCCAUACGGCCGCAAGUGAGGCCCAAUUCCGGAUUCUUUCAGCAGCUGCGAGAAUACGAACAAGAAUUACGUGGCAGCUGUUCAGUUGAAAUGAUCUACUUUGCCUCAUUGGAUAAGGAAAUUCCCGAUAUCCUAGAGCCCGAAUAUAGAGCCAUGGAGGAUUUCUAUCAGAGAUAUCGCAGCUCGCUUAAGAAACGUUAGGUUUCCUUAUAAUAAAGAGUUCGAUUUAAUAGUUUUUGUGAUAUGUGUGGUAAUUUUUUUAAUGUAAAUAAUUUAUUUGAUAAUUAUUAAUAUAUAAAUAUUUAUUUCUGUAUUAGUUGUAGACCCUAACUAUUUUUAUUGUAUUUAGAAUGUGCUGAUAAUUCUAUGAAAAUGCUGAAAUAUAUUAGAGAAAUAUAAAUUAA